ACACGUAUGACGCGUUUAAACGUCGGCAUCUGUAUUUCGAAAGAAACUUUGUUGAAACGUCAGACAUUAUCAUAUCUAAGAUUUUCUUUUUUGGAUUAUCAUGCACGACGCAUCACCAUGGCAACAGAAAAUGAAAAACUCGUUUGCGCAAUAUUGGAAGUAGAACCAAACUCAACCAAGACCGUGGUGAAGGACCACCACUAAGUAAUCAAGGACAGACAAGAAUGGAUCGACUAAUUUCAUCACCGGCGGGAGUUUUGCGCGUGUCGCGCAUAAGUCUCGUCCGUGUCAUUGAGAAUAUGCGCGAGUUUCCCGUAGUAGCGAAUCGUUUCCCGAUGCAGCGAUAUUGUCAAAUCGCUAUUUCUUCAAAAUCUUCACUAAGGAAUAUCGUAGAUUGGUCUCGCAACAGUUUUUUCAAGUAGAUAUAUACGCCUUUUUCACGUAUAUGAUACGCUAACUGUUAUCAGUACGUGACAUAAAAACAUGUAAAAGAGAGGACAGUAGAUUUACAUUCUUCGUUAUCUGAAAACGUAAUCUUUUCCUUCUUUUAAGCUAUCCUUUUUUUUAUCAUUUAUGUUUUUUUCAUUACUAGUAUAUUCAUUAUUGAAUUGUAUAAUGUUUGACAAGAAGUAAAAACGUACGAUUAUUAAGUAAAAUUCCGUGAAGUAUCUCAAAAAUAUCCUAUUGUAAGGGGUAUGGCAUCUUAUACUAUUAUUUGGCCAACUGCAAGCUUAUUUCAGCAAAAAAUAACAGGUAGACCAGAAUUGAAUUAUACAGAAGCAUUAAGAUUUAGUUUGUAUGGUGGCUUUUUUGUAGCACCAACUUUAUAUUGUUGGUUAAGAUGCGCUUCACAUUUUUGGCCAAAAUCUGAUUUUAAAUCUGCAAUCACAAAAGCAUUGGUAGAACAAGUUACAUAUAGUCCAACUGCUAUGUGUUGUUUUUUCUUUGGAAUGAAUUUACUAGAACAAAAAUCUAUUUCAGAAUGUGCUGAAGAAGUAAAACAGAAAUUCUGGCCAACUUAUAAGGUCGGAAUAUGCAUAUGGCCUAUUCUACAAACUAUUAACUUCGUGUUAAUUCCAGAGCAUAAUCGUGUAGUUUAUGUAAGUGUCUGCAGUUUCAUCUGGACAUCUUUUCUUGCGUAUAUGAAAGCACUUGAAGCUAAGCGAGAACAACAAGGAAUGGCAAAUGAUGGUACAAAUGAAAAGGAAUUUUUAGAAAAUACACAGAAUGCAAAAUCUAUGAUUCGAUCAGUUGAAAAAAGUAGAUCAAGUUCUUUAUGAUGUAGAUUUUGUAGUAAAUUUUACAAUAUUAGCUUAAUUUAUUUGUAUAAAUUUUAAUUUCCAUAUACUUAUAUAAAAGA